ACCCCUGGAGGACUCCGAGUGUGUUGACAAGCACAGAUAAUCAUGCCUUCUCUGCUUGUAAAGGCAUGCCCUCUUGCUCCAAAGGCAUCAUUGGUUUGACUGAUCAGAGUCAAGGCCCUGAACUAAUGCUGAGAGGGAGCUGAGCUCACCACUUCAAUGGAAGCAUGAGGAAACAAAACAUUACCAAGAAAAGCCUGAAUUGCUUUCCUCAGCCCUAAAGAAGGGCAGCCUACCCCUGCCUGCUCUCAGUAGGAUAGGACAUAGUCAAAUACUUAUCCAAGAGGAAGAAUCAAAUUGAAGGAAAUGCUUCAAGGACCAUCAGAAGAUGUGUUUGCAAAGAUGGAAAGUUCAGUUGAAGACAUGGACACCUCCGAUACCCAGUGGGGCUGGUUUUAUUUGGCUGAGUGUGGUAAAUGGCAUAUGUUUCAGACUGACUCAAACAGUCACUGUUCCAUCAGCAGUGAAGAUAUCGAAAGGAGUUUCCGAACAGACCCCCAUGGAUCGCUGUCUUUUACCACUGCAAAGUUUAACUACACACUGGACUUUUCAGUGAUGAAACAAAUCAACCUAACUACCCUUAAACAACGUCCAAUAAAGCGAGCUCCCUUUGCAAUCAAUUCAUUCAGUUUCAUCUGUGAAAAUGAGGCUAUCCCUAUGCCUUCACACUGGGAGAAUGUAAAUACUGAGGAGCCAUACCAGCUUAUUCCCUUGCAAAAGAAAACAAAUGAAUAUAAUGAAGUUUCUAGUCUCUUUGGAAAAACAAUGGAUAGCCACCGAAUUAAAAGAAUUAAGAGAAUACAAAAUCUAGACUUGUGGGAGUUUUUCUGCAGAAAAAAAGCUCAACUGAAGAAGAAAAGAGGUGUCCCAACAAUUAAUGAGCAGAUGCUGUUUCAUGGCACCAGUAAUGAAUUUGUAGAAGCAAUAUGUAUUCAUAACUUUGACUGGAGAAUAAACGGGAUGCAUGCUGCUGUAUAUGGAAAAGGGACUUAUUUUGCAAGAGAUGCAUCAUAUUCCAGCCAUUUCUGUAAAGAGAGCAUGAAGCACGGAGAUACUUUCCAGAUUCAUGGUGUGAACCUGCAGCCCCAUCUGCACAGACCAGAUAAAGUCAUGUUUCUUGCUCGUGUAUUAACUGGUGACUAUAUUGGUGGUGAUUCAAAAUACAUGAGGCCUCCUUCAAAAGAUGGAAGCUUUGUGAACUUGUAUGACAGCUGUGUGGAUAACACCUGGAACCCAAAGAUCUUUGUCAUCUUUGAUGCCAACCAAAUCUACCCUGAGUACUUAAUAGAAUUUUGUUAAGUUUGAACUGAGUAUUGUUUGUGGUUUUUUGGAUACUUUUGUUCCUUUUGUAAAGAUAGCAACAUAGAAAUGGUGCAUGAAAGAGAGGUGAAAGAAAAGCUGGCAUACAUUUAUGGAGGAGGGAAACUUAAAUAUUUAAGAGAGACUGGUGAACUGUUUUUAAAAAUCUGUAAACUUUACUAAUGCAUUUUUCAAAUGUAGACUCUUACAAAUCUGAAGUUGCUUAGUGAGCCUUAAAUACAUUGAGCAUUGGUAAGUUUUCAAAGCCAAGAUUUAUGUUUUGAUUUUCUAAAGUAUAUUAAAAGUGGUUAGAAAUAUGCCUCUAAUAUAGUAUGCAUAUGAUGAAAUUAAUCUUUUAUAAAGAUUGCCUAUAAAACAAAGUAAGAACAACAACAGCAAAACCCCAGGGGACAUGGCUGUGUGUGUCUGUGUCUGUGUUCUGUAGUACAUGUUACUUUGUUUGGAGGUCUCUUAGUUUGGAUUCUAAACCUAAAAAAAGAAAAAUAAUCUACAGCUCCUUCAUCAGUUUCCUCCAGAUAAAGUUCAACAAAGCUGUAAGGUUUAACUUUAUGUACAUUUUACUAUGAGCUUCUAUUAUAUACUGGGAAAAUAACGAAGCCAUUGCAGUAGGAUUUGACCAUUGGUUUUGAUGGAAAUGAGGCCCAUAAAGUUGUGGUUGUUAGUUGUUUGGUAUGUAACUGUUGGGCUCGCUGUUGGGAUGUCAGCAGUUCUGUAUGCCUUUCUUAGUUCUUAUCUUCUUAUGGAAUUUUUGCCAUCUUGUUGCAGUAUUCAUGAACUGCUGUGAUUCCUGUCUGGUCAGAGUUUAGGAUCCACUCGGUGCUGAUAUAUUUGGUGUUACUGAAGACAAUGUUCACAUUAACUUAACUGUAAACAAUACAGUUAAACUAACAAGGAAAACUUCAAAAGAUGCCAUCCUUUAGCUUUUAAACACUACAAUAGAAAGCUUUCAGUAACUUUUUUGCAGACCAGGUUUUCAUAACUGGUAUGGUUGUAAUGUUGAAGAGUAUUUUUCACAUGUAGAAAGAGCAAAAGAGAUAAUAUUUGGGUAAAGAACAAACCUGUGUACCUAAACACAUGAAGAGGCUGAGGAAGGGGCUGUUACAGGGAAAUGUACUGUUGUGUGAAUGAUCUGCUAUGGAAUUUGUCCCCAGUGUACUUUGUUAAAGGACCUAAGUAGCACUAUUGGACAAGUCAAAGUUGAAACCUUUCCAGGCUUUUUCUUUGGCUAUGGCCAGUAACAAGUCCCUGUAGAAUCAGUAUAUAAUUGUGGCAGAUAUGGAAUGAUCUAUGUUGGUUUGUUAUAGAAAUGUGAAUGGACUUUUUGGAUCAAAGGCUGUGUUUAAAAUGUAUUGCAUUUAAAGGCAGUGUCACUGCUGGCAUGACCAGGUCUGUUCAAAUUGUACUAAACCGGUGGAACUGUAAGCAGAAGAUUAUGACAUAUCUGGCAUUGUAACUGAGGACACAAAUAUCUCUUCCUUCUCCUGAGUGCUGUUACUGUUGUCUGUCAGUGGAUCUUGCACUAGUUGUUUAUCUGUUUCUGUUUGUAAUAUCAUGGCAAUUUUCCUGUCCCUAAACCAUUUAAGCCUAAAAUGCAUUUUCUUUUAUUUUAGGAAGUAUGAUUUCUGAUCCCAGCUGGGAACUCUAGGUUCUACUCUCGUAGGUAUGAUUUGUGUUUGAUUCACUACUAUGCUAGCUCUGCAAAAGGCACUUUGUUCCCCACAUUGUAUGAAAUAAUAGCAAAUCACGCAGGGAAUUUGUGUAUUACUGAAUCCUUUUUAUUAUUACACAAUAUUCUACAGAGCAUACAUUUUGUGAAAUUAACAAAUACAUGUGCUGUUGUUCCUUUGAUUUGGUGUUUUAUUUCUUCUGAAACAGAUGUUUUUAGUUAAGGAAACUGAAGUUUCAUUUUUAGCGUCUCAUGGAUACAAAAUACCACAAUUUUUACUGAUCUCUGAGACUUUUCUGAUUGUUUGUGUGGUGGUGUCUUGUUUGCUGCUUAAUUUGAAUUGAAUGGCACAAUCUUAAUCUUACUGCACAAUUGAAGUUUUACCUCUUCUUUCAAGGUGUUCUGCUUUUUGUGCUGAUGAAUUUUGUUAUUGAAGAUGUCUGUAAAAUAAUUGUCCUUUCUCUGGCAAGGGGAGAAUGAUUAUUAUUGCAAGUAAAGUCCAGAACUGUACAAGCAGCCAAUACAGGAAGUAGUUGGGCUUAAUAAAAAGAGCAGUGAGAAAGGGAGGAAAAUAAUUUCUUGGCCUCUAGAGUGUUAAAGAAAAGAGAAGGGAUCUUGGUGUGGUUCUGGGGAAGGAAACCUGAUACUUUCUUUUACUCUUUCAUGUAGUGAAAUGUUCUCCAUUUUGGUUUUACACCUGUGCAAGAGGGCAUGCUACUCUCUUAGCUGUCCUGACCUGAGGUAGAGCUUACUAAAUUAUUCUUGUGACAGCAUGUUUUCACAUGAGCACAGUACUUCAGGAUAACAUAGAAAAAUAAGAUCAGGUCAUACUGGCCUCCUGGACCAGCUUUGGUUUUUUACAAUUGGUGUGUACUCAGUUAUUGCUGAAUGGAUCUCAUUUCAUCCAGAGCAGUUUGGGAGAGCAUCUGUCUGCAUUCCAGUUCAUUUACAGGGUCAGUUUGCACAAACUCUUGUUUUUGUUAGAAUCCAAGGGGAGAAAAAAAGGAUACAGCUCUGUUUUUUACUACAUGUCCCAGUACAUUCGCAUCCAAGCCAGAUGUGAGAUACAUCAUAUGAUGGCUGCAGUUGAUAACUUACAUUCAGGACUACAUUGGAUGCCAGUUCAACUGGCAGAUUGAGGACAACUCUCACCCUUUUUAAACAUUUAUUAGCACAGAAUAUCCUAGCAGGAAGGGCUCAAGUGAGUCUGUGCAGUUUGCAUACUGAAAAUUACUUUCAGGAGGAUGAGCACAUGUCAGUCUUAAAAUUCCUGUGACCUAAAUAUCCAUCAAUGUUGUAACUUCUUUUAGGCAUUGUCCAAAGCACCAGACUUGCAAAACAGCAUAGGCCUACUGCAUCUUUCACAAGUCACAAAAAAUACUAUGGGGCUGAGAGAUGGAAUACUUUGCCCCAUUUUAAAGCCAGUUGGCCUCUCUUAUGCCCCUCUCUAUUAAGCCCCUUUGUUCUCCUUGACUCUGCCUUCCCCUGUUCAUCCCCCACUCCAUGGGUGUAUACAGCUCCAUUGAUUCCUGCACCCCUUGCAGUCCGAUCCCCAAUAUCAUUUCCAAAGUCCAGGAUGAAAUAACCUUUCACACACGUACAUGCUCUUAUCAGUUAAUAUGACUGACCAGGUUUGGUUCUCAUCCCUGCCUCCCUUACCACCUCAGCCAGCUUUAUCCUCAUGCAUUCCUGUUCUUGGCUUCUUCCUUACAGUCCCUGUUGUGUCAGAAAAGGUAGUAGAGGAGUAGUCCUUCCACACACUCAUACAAAUAAUUGUGCCACAUAAAACAUCCAGCAAUUUUAGUGCCACAUUUGUCCUAACUUGGGGGUUUAGUUGGAGAGGUCACAUUUUAUUCCUGUGGUAAUGAAUGGACAAGAGGCAGCCAAGGUGUACAACACCAAGACUGGAAAUUUGCAUGUUCAAGUGGAUUUUUUAAUUGGAAAGGACUCACUUGAAUGUACAGAAGAAAAAAAGGAGAGUAUUUGGUGUAUAUUGCAAUAAGCAAAAAAAAAAAAAAAAA